GGGGUGGCGGGGAUGGAGGAAGGGAAGCCAGGGGAAAGUCUGACACUUCGCGCAGAAGGAGCGAGACCCUCCGCCGCCGCUGCCGCCGCCGUCGCCGGGGAGGAGCCCGCCUGGCUCGCAACGCCUCCCGAUCCCGAUCCCGAUCCCGGCACCGGCCCCGGCCCCGCACAGCGCUCAGCCCGCACCGCGCCGCCUCUCCGCUCCCCGCAGAUAUUGAAAGACUGGUUACCAGGUCUCCCCGGAGCCUUCUUUUCUCCAGGAUGAACAGCCUCAGCUCUCUCAGCCUGUUCUCAUAGGAGAAGUGUUCUGUCAUUUGGAUCGUUUUUGUGGCACUCCUCUGAACGUGCUCCAACAGUUCCAUGUUUCUCCUGUGCUGAGGACUCCACAUUUACAAAAACUCAAUAGCAUAUGUGCUAGUUAUUGCAUAUUUAGAACACAAGAAAGAUUAAACUUGGAUUGUUUGAAGAGUGGGGAAAUAUUUCUCCAUAGUGCAAAAAGUGCAUAAGAAGAGAGCAGAAUGAGAGCUUCCCAAGUACCGAAUGCCUGCAGCCUGUUAUCUUUAGCAAUGCUGUUCUUUCCCGUCACUGGAACGUCAAAACAAAAUAUCCCAAGACUCAAACUUUCCUAUAAAGACUUGCUGCUUUCAAACAGCUGCAUCCCAUUCCUGGGCUCUACAGAGGGGCUAGAUUUUCGAACCCUGCUGCUAGAUGAGGAGAGGGGCCGGCUGCUAGUCGGGGCAAAAGACCACAUCUUCCUGCUCAACUUGGUUGAUUUAAACAAAAAUGUAAAAAAGAUUUACUGGCCUGCAGCAAAAGAAAAAUUGGAAUUAUGCGAACUAGCUGGGAAAGAUGCCCAUACAGACUGUGCCAAUUUUAUUAGGGUCCUUCAGCCCUACAACCGAACGCAUGUUUAUGUCUGUGGCACAGGAGCAUUUCACCCUCUCUGUGGAUACAUUGAACUUGGCACUCACAAAGAGGAAACAAUAUUCAGGCUGGAUACUCAGAACUUGGAGUCGGGCAGGUUGAAAUGCCCUUUCGAUCCUCAGCAGCCAUUUGCAUCGGUGAUGGCAGAUGAGUAUCUUUAUGCUGGAACAGCUUCUGAUUUCCUUGGCAAAGACACUGCUCUAACACGUUCCCUGGGCCCUUCUCACGACCACCAUUACAUCAGAACUGACAUUUCUGAACAUUACUGGCUUACUGGAGCAAAAUUCAUUGCAACUUUUCCCAUCCCGGACACCUAUAAUCCGGAUGAUGACAAAAUCUACUUCUUCUUCCGAGAAAUAUCACAAGAUAGUAGCACCUCUGACAAGACAAUUCUUUCUCGAGUUGGGAGAGUUUGUAAGAAUGAUAUGGGAGGUCAACGGAGCCUAAUAAACAAAUGGACGACUUUUCUGAAAGCCAGGCUUGUGUGUUCAAUACCUGGUCCUGAAGGAGCUGACACACAUUUUGAUGAGCUGCAAGAUAUAUUCUUACUUUCUACAAGAGAUGAGAGAAACCCUCUUGUAUAUGGAGUCUUCACUACAACAAGCUCCGUCUUCAAGGGCUCUGCAGUUUGUGUGUACAGCAUGGCAGAUAUCAGAGCUGUUUUCAAUGGCCCUUAUGCUCACAAAGAGAGUGCGGAUCAUCGAUGGGUUCAAUACGAAGGUCGUAUCCCCUAUCCCAGACCUGGUACAUGCCCAAGCAAAACCUAUGAUCCACUCAUAAAAUCUACCAGAGAUUUUCCCGAUGAAGUCAUUAGCUUUAUAAAGCGCCAUCCCCUGAUGUACAAAUCCGUUUACCCACUGACGGGAGGACCAGUGUUCACGCGAAUCAAUGUGGACUAUCGGCUGACUCAGAUUGUGGUGGAUCAUGUCAUGGCAGAGGACGGGCAAUAUGAUGUUAUUUUCCUAGGAACAGACAUAGGCACAGUACUGAAAGCUGUGAGUAUCACCAAGGAGAAGUGGACUAAGGAGGAGGUAGUCCUGGAAGAGCUACAGAUAUUCAAGCACCCUUCAUUUAUUUCAACCAUGGAGAUUUCUCAGAAGCAGCAACAAUUGUACAUUGGUUCCAGGGAUGGAUUGGUUCAGCUCUCUCUGCACAGAUGUCACACGUAUGGGAAGGCUUGUGCAGACUGCUGCCUUGCCAGAGACCCAUACUGUGCCUGGGAUGGAAACUCCUGUUCCAGAUACGCCCCCACUUCUAAAAGGAGAGCCAGAAGGCAAGAUGUCAAAUAUGGAGACCCUGUCGCACAAUGCUGGGAUGUAGAAGACAGCAUUAGUCAUGAAACUGCUGAUGAAAAGGUGAUUUUUGGCAUUGAAUUUAAUUCAACUUUUCUGGAAUGUAUUCCUAAGUCCCAGCAAGCCUCUAUUAGGUGGUAUAUUCAACGCUCUGGAGAAGAGCAUCGAGAAGAGCUGAAGGCAGACGAAAGGAUCAUCAAAACAGAACAUGGGCUGCUGAUCCGCAGCUUGCAAAGGAGGGAUGCAGGAGCCUAUUUCUGCAAAGCCCAGGAACACACCUUCAUCCACACCAUUGUGAAGCUGAAUUUAAAUGUCAUUGAGAAUGGGCAAAUGGAAAGCACACAGAAAACUGAGGAUGAGGAGGGUCGGGUGAGGGAUUUGCUGACAGAGUCCCGUCUGAGGUACAAGGACUAUAUCCAGCUCGUCAGCAGCCCCAGCUUUAGCCUGGAUGAGUACUGUGAACAGAUGUGGCACCGGGAGAAACGGCGACAGCGAAACAAAGGUGGUGCCAAAUGGAAGCACGUGCAGGAGAUGAAAAAAAAGCGAAACCGAAGGCAUCAUGAGCCAGCCAGGCCACCAUCCACAUAGUUUGCAAACACUAUUUAAAGAAAGGACACUUUCCAGGAAAAAAAAAAAUACUGUGUUUUGGUUUUGUGCAUAUUGCCUAUGAAUUAGUACUGCUUCUUCUUGACAUCAGAUAACUCAUCAUCACUAUUAAUCUGUACAUGACUGUACAAUGGGGUUUGAUACCUUAUUGGAGUGCCACCCACCAGGCAAUAAUUCCAAAUGCAUUCAUUAAAAAGAAAAGAUGUACACUUGUAGCUAAUUUCUGGACAGCCUGAGGCUACGUGAGCUGUGUACUCUACUUUCUGCAUAAUUUUCACAUAGGAUUUAGUAUCUGUGUUCCCAUGUUAAUAGCUGCUGCCAUGUUCCACCCCAGACAUGGCUCAAUUUCAGGAGAGGGCAGAUGUAUUCAUCAUUCUUUGGCAUCUUUCUUAAUAAGAAGCAUGGUAGAAAUGUGUGACAGAUCUGCAAAAAUACCCUCUAAUUUACCCAUUGGGCUUGUAUACAGGCACAUGGGUGGGGUUUGCUAGCACAGAGAAGCUCAGCAAAAAAUCAAAUUAAGUAUUGGCUUAGGGACAACAUUGAUUUUUCCCACUUAGAAAAAAAAAAAAAAAAGAAAAAAAAAAGCAUAAUCAUAGUUUAAGAGAGGGAGAUUAUCGAGCCUUAUUCAUUUGAGUUUGAUAGCCAUCAGUUUGCAGUCCAUCUGCUGAAAUGAAAUGUUGACUCUAAUUGAAACUGCCACUGAAAUGCUUGGGAGUAAAUUUCCUAAGUGGUGUGUGGGAGGUAUGUGCACAAAUCCUAUUAACAAAUAAUGGGAUUCCUGCCUGUACCUCUCUCAUCUCUCUAAAUGUUCACUGGCUGUUUCUCUGGCCCUUUGCUAGCCUCAUUUUAUGCAAAGGAAAAGAAAAAUAAAAGACAACAAGAAUGCUAAAACAAAAGAUGACGAUGAGGGAAGAUAUUUAAUAGCUGAGACCAGUGCUCUUGACACAGAGCUGACAUUCCUCAGAUGUGUGUAUUCUUUGGGAUUUUCUCCCAGAGGUUUUAUGUAUUUUUAAGUUGAAAAUUUGCCUUGUUGGAAUUGAUACUUUUAUUAUAAAUAAAUAGAACAAGAGAUGUCCAUGUGUAAAUAAAACUUGUAAGUCAGAAAUAUGCUAUGUACUAUGAUUCCAUUUGUAAAGUGUUCCUUGUGCCUCAGUUGGUAUUUUGGUUGUAACAGUGUAAAUCUUUUCACAUAAACAAGAAACCCUGUCCUUA